UGUGUCCCUGCUGCAACACACCUGCAUAAAAUCUGUAGGUCAUUAGCAAAACUUGACUGGAUGCCGAGGCGGCAACCCCUAACCCUACUCAACUAAAUUUAAAUAAAAGUGUGUGUUGCAAGGGGGACACAUGGAAACGUUUCUGGACACUGGCCCUCGAGGACUGGAGAUUAACACCUGUGAACUGGAGUACAUUGCUUAUCUCGUGGUCUCACCUUCACCUUCUGCAGGUCUGAUCAGGUUAGCUGGAUAUGGGGCCACUCGGUGCUCUGGAAGAGUUGAAAUCUAUAAGUCUUACUAUGACUAUAACUCUUACCAUUACCGUUCCUCCUGGGGAACAGUCUGUGAUGAUGGCUGGGACUUAAAAGAUGCUGAGGUGGUCUGUAGAGAGCUGAGUUGUGGGAUAGCUCUGGAGGCCCGUUGGUCUCCUUACUUUGGUCAAGGUACAGGGACUAUCUUGCGCAGUAAUGUGGACUGUUCAGGAAGUGAAAUUUCUAUAGAUAAUUGUAGGUACAGCAGCCCUGUUAGAUAUUACUGUCACCAUGGUCGGGAUGCUGGCGUCGUCUGUUCAGUAAGCAACCCAGAGCCCACCAUCUUCUUGUACAGUAAUGAGGUCACCUGGGGUCAGGACAUCAGCAUCACUUGCUCAGUCUCAGAUAAGUUCUCAGGUGGAACUUUUAUCCUCCACAAGACUUCAAGCUCAUUCAGUCAUACUCAACCAUCCUCUACGAGCUCUGUUAUAUUCAAUCUUCAUAAUGUAAACUUUGAUCAUGAUGGACUGUACCAGUGUCAGUACAUGAAAACAAGCCGAAGGUUCAGCUCUUCCUCUGUCAGACUCACUGUGAGUUUUCCAAAACCUUGUAUUUCCAUUUGCCCUGUUGGUGAGGUGACCUGGGGUCAGACUGUUGAAAUCACAUGUUCAGUCUCAACUCAGGUUUUAGGUGGAUCGUUCACUCUGAGUCAAAUUCAGGGUUCAUUCAUGAGGAGCCAAACCUCCAACACAAACUCUGCUACCUUUAAUAUUCCUAACGUGGACUUUGAUAACGAGGGAUUGUACCAGUGUCAGUAUAAGAAAAGAGGCUCAAGUCGUGAAUUUAGCUCCCCAUUAAGUGAUUCGGUCAGACUCUCUGUUACUGUGAGUUUUCCAAAACCUCGUAUCUCCAUUUGCCCUGUUGGUGAGGUGACCUGGGGUCAGACUGUUGAAAUCACAUGUUCAGUCUCAACUCAGGUUUUAGGUGGAUCGUUCACUCUGAGUCACAUUCAGGGUUCAUUCACGAGGAGCCAAACCUCCAACACAAACUCUGCUACCUUUAAUAUUCCUAAUGUGGACUUUGAUAACGAGGGAUUGUACCAGUGUCAGUAUAAGAAAAGAGGCUCAAGUCGUGAAUUUAGCUCCCCAUUAAGUGAUUCAGUCAGACUCUCUGUUACUGUGAGACUGCAGACACCCAGCAUCUCCCUGACCUCUCCUAGUGCAGGUCUGGGCUGGGGUCCUGAAGAACGUAAUCAGUGCCGGGGGAGGUUAUGGUCAACGCGAAACCCAAACAAACAAAAAACGCUUCAAGCGGAAGCCAGAAAGAAUCCUGACCGUCUGACGACGAAAGAAAAGUGGAUGUCACUGAGCAACAACAACAAGACGGGAAACAUCUUUUUCUCCCCGUUCAGCAUCUCUUCAGCCCUGGCUAUGGUGAUGCUGGGGGCCAGAGGCAACACAGCCACACAGAUGUCAGAGUGCUUGCAAGCCAAGGAUUGUUGGGGUGAUGUUCACAGCAGCUUUGCCAAACUUCUCACUGAACUCAAAAGGCCAGAGGCGCCAUUUACCUUCAGUGUUGCUAACAGACUGUACAGAGAGAAGUCCUGCCCCUUUACUCAGAAAUUCUUAAUACAAAGCAAGAAACAUUACAGCACAGAGCUGGAGUCUGUGGACUUCAAGACCAGGUCUGAAGAGGUCAGGAUUGAUGUCAACAACUGGGUGCAGAAAAACACACCAGCAGGUAACAUCACAGAGGUGGUGGAUGAAGAUGAUUUGAAUGAACUGACCAGGCUGGUGUUGUUCACUGCCACCCACUUCAGAGGCAGCUGGAAGAAAGAUUUCUCGUGGUCUAAAACUUAUGAUGCUCAAUUUUGGCUCAAGAAGAAUGACUCAAAGCCUGUGAAGAUGAUGAAACAGGAAGGAAACUUUGCGUGUACCUUCAUCGAAGAAGCAAACUGCAAGAUUCUAGAGAUGCCUUACAGUGGGGAGGAAGUGAGCAUGCUCAUCUUUUUACCUGCAGAGAUCGAGGAUGAUACAACAGGACUGGAGAAGCUGGAGAAGGAGCUGACCUCCGAGAAAUUUGUAGCUUGGACUCAUCCAGGCAAGAUGCAAACAUGUUACAUUGAUGUGAGGCUGCCUCGUUUUACACUGGAGGAGACGUAUGACCUGAACACAGUCCUGAGCAGCAUGAGCAUGGUGGACGCCUUUGAUCACACAAAGUGUGACUUCUCUGGCAUGUCUGGGCACAAAGAUCUGGUACUUUCAAAAGUCAUCCACAAGGCUUUUGUGAAGGUCCACGAGAAGGCAACUGAGGCUACUUUUGUGGAUAUGUGUUGGUUUGAGUACUGUUCAGGCAAGAUAAUGCGGGGCAAUUUAAACUCUUUCAUCGCAGACCACCCCUUCCUCUUCUUCAUCAGACAUAACCACAUGAACAUCCUGUUUGCUGGUCGGUUCUGCUGCCCUGUGUGAGCUCUGUGUCCUUUAGAGCAGCUCAGUACCAGAAGUCUUAGUGUUUAGUUGGAGAACCUUUCAAAAUCACUGCACAACAGCGCUGUAUCCAUAUUAAUAUACAGCUCUCUACUAUCAGUUUUUUCUGUGUUUUGUAUCUCAUAUUUUGUAUUUUUCUAUUUU